UGUCGACCACCUUCGCCGUAAGCUCUUGGAGGCAGUAAUGGAGGCGGGCUUCUUGAUGUGGCGCACGCUUAUGGCGUCACGAGCGGCUCUUCCUUUAACAAGUUGCAGUUGUUGCUGAUAAAAUUAAGGCUGACAGUACCCAAGAUGGCUUCAAAUCCUCCUGGACAAGGCUUUCAGAAUAAAAACAGGGUUGCAAUCUUGGCUGAGCUAGACAAGGAGAAGAGAAAGCUACUGAUGCAAAACCAGUCUUCCACCAAUCAUCCUGGAGCCAGAGUUCUGCAGCCACUCUACCAAACAUAUGAACUCCCCAUCAUGAAGACUAUGGACCCCUGCAUCUCGCUCACUAGAUCCUCCCUUAAUAAGGAUUUUCGUGAUCAUGCUGAGCAACAGCACAUUGCAGCACAGCAGAAGGCUGCCUUGCAGCAUGCUCAUGCACAUUCUUCGGGAUACUUCAUCACCCAGGACUCAGCAUUUGGAAAUCUUAUUCUUCCUGUAUUGCCACGGCUUGAUUUAGAGUGAAAACUUGAUUUGGAGUCCUUAGAAUGAAGGCCAUUGAAGGUGUAUCCAGUGUUGCUGCUGUUCCCCUUCCCAAGUCGUCAGUAGUGAUUUGCGAAAAUAACCAAGGACUUGAAACUGGACGUACUUGUCUUCUCUUUUUGAACCAGACAAUUUGAAAGGGAGGGGGAGAGACAUUAAACGAUUUUGAGUUCUAAACUACCUUGUAGUCUGAAAAUUGGAUGACGCUAAUAACAUGAUUGAAUUUUCUGUCUUGGUUCUUCCUUCUUGCUCAUUCUUUCCCCUGAAUAUACCACAUGUGUUCAACAAGCAAUGUUAUCACACUUGACAUUGACACAGCACAAGAGACUUCCUAGUAAAUGUAUGCCAUCUCAGCAGUUUGUAUAACAUCCUUUUAAGUUGGUUAGUGUUAUACCCGUAUUCCAGAUAGGAGUCCAAAUUUGAGAGGAGUGGUGUUUUUUUUCUUUUUGCCCCCUUGAUGGCUAAGGUGAACUUUGGAGAAGCCCCUUGUUCAGUCAUGGCUCACACGCCUAUCUAAAUCAGGUGAUGACUGUGUGUUUUAAGUUCCAUGAAUGAUGACAAACAGCUUGACUUUCAGAAUGCUUUUCCACUGGAGAUGGGUGAGAAGCAUGUGUGGAUGCCCUCCAAGUGGCAAAACACUGGUGGGGCAAGGCCAAGGCAUCAGUGGUUCUGUGUAGGUGUAGGUAGGAGUAGAUGGGUCUAAAUGAGCACUAUACACAAGGGGCCUGUACAGAUAGCAAAGGUACUUUACUGGAUUUAAAUAUAAAGGUUCAUAAAUGAUAGUCAUUUAAAGGGCAGCAUUAUUUUAUGA